AUGUUGUACUUUCGCGCUUGCUUUAGAUUAUUUUGUUUUCGUGUGAUUGACGCCGCAAUGCCUAGGAUUCAGCUAUUUAAAAAUAUCCUCCGUGAACUUCGUCAGGCUACAAAAGAUCGGAAUGUGCCUUUCUCCUAUCCACUGGUGAUUCAGUUCGUCGUUUCAGAAUUCAGAUACAAUCGUCUAACAGACGCUCAAAAAUGUGCUAAAGAAAAUGAAAGUGUACAUUUGGCUGAGACGUAUCUAAAUUAUUUGCAGAAUAGACGAAAACAUUCGGAACUCGUAGAACUGUAUAAAACCAAGGAGAAGACAACUGAAGAAGCUGCUAACAUGGUUGGCUUAUCUUUGCCCCCAAAACCAGUUUGCGAACAAUAA